CGUAUUAAAUAAUUCAUACGCACCGACGCCUACAAACACGUAACAUCGCAGCGUUAAGUAAAAGUAAACAUAGAUUUCUAUCGUUCUUCGUCACUUAGCGUUGAAAAUUCGUCAUGGGGGUCGUAGCUCGAGCAACUUUUCGCGUUUUAUCAUCAAAAAAUAUAUUUGUAGCACCAAGUUUGAUUUUACGCGCCCAAAGUUUGCAGUAUUCGUCUAAAACCGAUGGUUUGCUCAACGAUGUUAACGUGUUGGACCUUACACGCGUAGUCGCUGGUCCUGUUUGCACUAUGACCCUGGGAGACUUGGGCGCGAAUGUAAUGAAAGUCGAGAGUCUAGAUGGAGAUGAGGCAAGGAAGUGGGGACCACCGUUUAUCAAGGAUACAUCUGAUUCUUACUAUUUCCUGAGUGUGAACAGAAAUAAGAAGAGCAUUUGUAUUGAUUUCAAAAGCUUAGAAGGAAAGAAAAUAAUUUAUGACUUGGCACGGAAAUGUGACGUUGUUGUGGAGAACUUUCUGCCGGGGAAACUGGAUAAACUUGAUAUUGGCUACAAUAAGUUGAAGGAGAUCAACAAGCAAAUAAUAUACUGUGCUAUCACUGGCUUUGGACCCACUGGGCCUUACAGGAAAAAGCCUGGCUAUGAUGUGAUUGCAUCAGCAAUGGGCGGCUUAUUAAAUGCCACAGGUGAGAGAAACGGGAACCCAGUAAAGCCUGGAGUAGCAAUUACAGAUGUCACCACAGGUCUUCAUGCCUUUGGUGCGAUCAUGACAGCUUUAUACUACAGAAACAAAACAGGGAAAGGACAGAAAAUAGACUGCAACUUACUCUCUACUCAGAUAUCCAGUAUGAUAAAUAUUGCAAAUAUAUAUUUAAACUGUGGCAUAGAAGGUCAAAGAUGGGGUACUGCCCAUGCUAAUCUUGUGCCGUACCAAGGAUUCAAAGCCAAAGAUGGUGACAUAGUUAUUGGGACAGGCUCAAAUGCACAAUUUGCUGACUUCUGCAAACUGAUAAACAAAGAAGAACUAAUCGCUGAUAAACGGUUUAAAGAUAAUGCUGCCAGAGUUACAAACCGUGAUGAAAUAAUCAGAAUUAUAAGUGAAGUUAUAAUAACUAAAACUAAAAAGGAAUGGGCGGAGAUAUUCAAAGAUGCCUCUUUCCCCAAUGGACCUGUAAAUAAUAUGCAUGAUGUGUUUGACGAUGAGCAUGUGAAAGAGAUUGGUUUGGUUAAAGAGUUACCACACCCUACUGCUGGUACAAUUAAGACAGUUGCACCUCCUACUGUGUAUUCUGAAGGUGGGAAUUCAGCUAGAAUUGCACCCCCUUUGUUGGGUCAACAUACAAAGGAUAUUCUGUCCAACUUCUUGGGUUAUCAUGAUGCUAAAAUUGAAGGACUUUUUGUGAACAAGGUUAUCAAAUAACAUGAAAUUUUAAAUAUUAAUUAUAUAAUUUACGAAGAGUCCGUGGAGCGGGUGGCGGUGAUCACGCUGCGGCCGACGCGCGCGCCGCCGCGGAAGAAGGUGGUGUGGACAGAGGACACUGUUGACAAUGAGCACAUGAACAAAAAGAAGUCCAAAUGUUGCUGUAUAUACGAGAAACCGCGUCGAUUCGGUGAGUCGGACUCUGAGGAGAGCGAGGACGAGUGCGAGCACUGCUUCGGCCACGUGGAGCACCGGCGGAAGAAGCAGCAAACCAGCACCAGCGCUGCAGUGGAGGAAGCAGUGGAGCAAACCGCAUCAAUAACGUUGCAGCCGUCGCAGCCCGCCGCACCGCCGGACAAACCACCGGCCGACAGCUAAACUAAAUAUUAUAUUAUAUACUUAAUUAUAAUUACCUUAUUAAUUGAUAACAUACUUAAAUAUCACCCAAAAUCGCUGAACUACAAUAAAAUAACAUAACACACGAGUUGAUCUUGAGAUUGAAAAAUCAGGCCCUCCUAAUGUGAUAAAUGGUUAAAAACCGCGUUCGAUGAUGAUGAAUUUGUUAAUGUUUGACUGUUUGUAAAUAGUGUGGUGGGUUUGAGCUGCAUAUAUCUUUUCCAUGAGGCGCGGGCCCAGCUGUGUGACUAUAGUAAUGAGAUCAUUAUUUUAUUAUUAACAAUUUUCAUAUUUAGAAAUCCAAACAGACUUCCAAAAGUAGACUAAUUAUAUCUAAUGAAGCGUUAAUAGCUCAGUGGUAAACCGGCCGGAUUCAUCACCGAGAGGUGGGGGUUCGAUCCAUGCCCGCUAGCCUAUUGUCUUACCCAUUCGAAACAAUUUAAUUGAAGGAGAUCAGGAAUAUUGGUCAUUUAUUUAAAAAAUAUGGUAAAUAUUUCUCAAAAAUUGCAGUAUCACAAUGUUAGGUAGCAUUUCAUGGGUAUUCAUGAAAUGCUAAAUUAAUUGAAUGAAAGUCAGGUAAAUUGGAACCUCUAUGUGGACCCAGUCAUUAAAUACAUAUUUAACUAAUAGAUUAAUAAUUGAAAUAAUUAUUGUUAUAAAAUGUUAUUAAGUGUUAAGUCAAAAUAUUGAAUGAAUAAAUAAAUAAAAAUUUA